UGAACGUCCGGUGGUGUAACAACGUUCAAGUAAGAGAGUUCGAGUAACAGGAUACUUUUAGACUAAGUGUGGCAAAAUGAUGGUAGCAAUUGGUGAUCCGGAUUCGAUUCCGAUGCAAUCACUUGAAAGCACCAGCGCUCGUGAGUUUGACCUAUCGUUUCGCAAUGUUUCGUACUGUGUAAAGCAUAAGCAUGAUCGUACACACUCCGUCAUUCUGAAGAAUCUCUCCGGGUCAUUCCGUUCUGGACGACUCGUAGGCAUAAUGGGACCUUCCGGUGCGGGUAAAUCAACCCUGCUGAACGUGCUGAGUGGAUUCAAAAAAAACAACGUCACCGGUCAGCUCAUGGUCGACGGACAGCGACUCUCCGAGCGAAGAAGUCGAAAGGUCAUCUCCUACACCCAGCAGGAGGUGUGUCUGUGGUCUGCCCUGACAGUGGAGGAGAGUAUGCGCUAUGCGGCCGAAUUCAAACUAUCGCCCACCAUCGCGCCGGACCAGAAAAAUGCACGUGUACGCGAGCUGCUACACGUGCUCGGUUUGACUUCCUGUGCCGAUACGCUCAGCGGCAAAGUUUCCGGUGGUCAGGCGAAGCGACUAUCGAUCGGACUGGAGCUGCUAUCUGAUCCCAAAGUGAUGCUGCUCGAUGAGCCAACGAGCGGGCUGGACACGGUGGCCGCCUAUCAGGUGCUGGCCCACGUUAAGCAGCUUGCCGCUCGGGGUCGCGUUAUCGCCUGUGUCAUUCAUCAACCGAACUCCCAGCAGCUGCUACUGAUCGAUGAUCUGUACGUGCUGGCGAAGGGCCGACGCAUCUACAGCGGGCCAACGGGUGAAAUGGUGACGCAAUUCGCGCGCUUCGGACUCGAAUGUCCGGUAUCGCACAAUCCGGCCGAUUACGCACUUGAAGUGGCCAGCCUUGAUCAGGAAGAUGAACGGUUGAAGCGAUUAAUAAUGGAGGAAGAAAGGGAUAUUUUCGACUACAAGCCACCCCGCUUGAUGGUGGAGAAAAGUGUUGAUGGAUCGUACCAACGGUACGCCUUAUCCACACUGCAGCAGCUGGGUGUGUUGCUCAGGCGAACGGCUCGGUGUACGUUGCGAGAUUCCUACCAAUUUAAGGCGCGCAUUCUCAUAAACAUUGCCAUCGCGCUCAUCACGAGCGUGGCGUUCUACAACACCGGCAACAACGCUGACCGCAUCCUGGCCAACACCGCCGUACUGAUCAUUAAUCUGUACGCCAUCUUCUUCACGAGCAUAGUUUCGGCGGUGCUGGUCUAUCCCCGCGAGUCCGCUUGCUUUGUGCUGGAGAGCAAAAAUAAUUGGUACUCCCUGCGGGCGUACUACUUGGCUAAGAUUGUGGUCGAACUUCCCACGCUGAUCCUUUCAUCGUCGGCGUUCUUCCUUAUCGUGUACUACUUUACCGCGCAACCGUUCGAGUGGCUGCGGAUCGGUACGUUCGCACUCGUUUGCCUCAUGUUUGGUUGGAUUUCGCAGAUGCUCGGACUGCUGCUGGGCAGCAUCAUGUCGGUGCAGAACUCCGUCUUCGUGAGCAUCCUGAUAAUGGUGCCGGCCUCACUGUUCUCCGGCUUCUUCGUACCGUUGCGCGACGCUAGCGUGCUGCUGAAGCCGCUGCUGUACGUGUCGUUCGUGCGGUACGCGUUCGAGGGGGCCGUCCACGCGAUCUAUGGGUUCGAUCGAGCGGACCUCGAAUGUCCGGAGGUGUUUUGUUAUUUCCGUCAGUUGAAACGAUUUCUGGAGUUUGUUUCGAUGCCGGACCUGGCGUACGGGUACGAUCUGCUUGCCCUGCUCGGUUGGAUCGUGCUGCUGAUGGGUGCGGUAUACUUUAGUUUGCGAAGAAGAAUCAAACAGGACUAACCAAACACGAGCUAGACGAUAAGUUUGCGAAGAGCGGCCAUCACAAGAAGAGAAGGGCAAUAACGGGCAUUGAUGUAACAAAGGGUAGUUGUAGAAGUACAGGAGAAUAAAACAAAAUGUAUGGAUUCAAAUCAUCGGCAAAACUGUACGGGAAGCACUCGCUUUGGUAUUAAUAAAUAAAUACUCUUAAAUUAACACUUUUUCAGCAGAGUUUUCCUUAUU